AUGAGAAAGAAACUAAAAACGACUGAUAGUGUUUUUAAGUUGAUUAAUGAAAAAGAUGGCUUUGAAGCCGAAGUGGAACACACAUACCAUUCUGAUUAUGAAAAUGAUGAAAAGGAAUUUGCCUCCGAUGAAACAGAUUCUGACUUCGAACAUUCGUUGAGGGUAAAGAAAGUUGUUUAUGAUCCUAGCUAUGACCAUAGCAAAAUGCAGCCUGUCAUUGGCAUGUAUUUCCAGGAUGGGAUUCAAUGUAGGACGGCUUUGACAACAUGGGCCAUUGAAAAUGGUAGAUAUGUCCGGUUUAAGGCAGUUUCUAAGAAGAAAUUGUUGGCCAAAUGUACUCCACCCUGCCCUUGGAACCUUUAUGCUAGUUCUCUCCGGGCUAAUGGCACUUUCAUGAUUAAGUCGGGUGCUUGGGAUCACACCUGUGCUAAGGCCAUGAGUAAUAAGCUUUUGAGUUCUCAGUGGAUAGCUAGCAGGUACUUGAAUGUGUAUAGGGUUAGUUACAAUCUUUCAGUUAAAGAUCUAGGUGCUGAUAUACUUGAAAGGUUUAAAGUUAGAGUACCUAAGGACAGACUAUACAAGGCCAGGAGAAUGGCUCAAGAGAUGGUGAGAGGUUCCGUUCACCAACACUACGCAAUGAUCAAGAAUUAUGUUGCUGAGUUAAGGAAAGUUGAUCCUGAAGGGAGGUUUGAGCUUCUUUUAGAAGCCGAUAAUACUUUCAAAGCACUUUACAUUGGUUUGAGUGCUCCGAGGAAGGGUUUCAAGGUCAGCUGCAGACCGGUAAUAGGUAUCGAUGGUUGCUUUCUGAAAACAUACUUGGGGGGACAUCUUCUUUGUGCCACAGGGAAAGAUGGCAACAACGGAAUGUUCCCAAUAGCUUGA